AUGGCAGAGGAGUCGAUUGAUACUGGCAGCCCAUCAGACCGGCGCAACCUAAAGGCCGAAUCAAGUAACUUUUCAGAGGAACUCAAAGCGCAGCUUGAGGCACGAAUAUCCGAGUCAGCCUUCAAGAACGAGAACCAGAAGGCCUUGAGUGAGGCCAAUCUGCCUUCGUACGCGGGAAAGGGGACCAGGGACACCGCUGCUGCCGACCAGUGGCUCGGAACGGAGUCACUCGGAGAUGCCUCACUACGUAUGCUUGAUGAUGCUCAUAAGAAACUUCGCUUCAAGCCUCGAGCGCCUCGAAUAGCUACAAACGUCAAUUUGCGUCCCGAGCCGAAGAAGCAGGUCUCCAGGGCUGCAAGACUAGUCAAUGCCCGGGACAGGACCUCGGUCUAUGCCAUGUCGCAGCAAGAAGGCGUCAGCGAGGAAGAGAAGGAGAAGUUCCGAAAGGAGCUGAAGGAAAGAUUCUCGCCCGGAGCACGUCCCAUGCCCGUAACACUACAGGGCCUGACGUCCCUUGCCAAUGAACGAAUAGAAGACGCCAUCGCUCGAGGCCAGUUCCGCAACAUCAAGCGUGGCAAAGACGUCAACACCGAACGAGACCACAACGCCAACAGUCCCUUCCUCGACACCACCGAGUAUUUCAUGAACAAGAUUAUUCAAAAGCAAGAAAUCGUGCCACCAUGGAUAGAGAAACAGCAAGAACUUGUAAAACAAUUAGACUCCUUCCGCAAAAGGCUACGGAGCGACUGGCGAAGACAUGCAGCCAGGAUGAUCGCUAGCGAGGGCGGUCCACUCGAGCAGCAGAUCAAUCGAGCGAAAGGUUACGCGUUGGCAGAAGAGAUCGUCAACCCUAGAAUAUCCGACAAGCAAAAGAUCUCCGGAAUCAGCAGCGAUGGCAACCUCGUCAACAUCACAGUCGAGGACCGCAUCGCCGCAGGCAUCAAACUUGACGAACCAGAAGUCAAAGUAGAAGUGACGCCGACUACCACUGAACCUCCAACCGGAACGGAGGCCAAAGACCUCCACAAACUCGAACAAGAACUACAGCAAGAAAUACAAACCAUCGCCGCCACCUCAGCCACGCUGAAUGCCGUCCCUCCCACGGUUCCACCCGAAGUUCCAGCAAUAGCAGCAGCUCCUGCUGCUGCAACUCCACCUCAAGCACCUCCUCGCGUCCUCCCAAUGCCAACCCCCUUCCGCGACCCAACCUGGCAACGCACCGAACAAGCCUAUCACACCCUCGCCAUCACCGAAAUAAACUCCCUCACCCGCAGCUACAACCUCAUGGCCCCCAAAAUCGCUCAACGCCCCUACACAAACCUCGACCGCGAGCUCAAGCGCUGCUUUGCCAUGGUCGCGCCCCAGCUAGCCGACGAGAUCGCCGAGCGAGCCAAGAAGGGCGUCGUGAGGGGUUUCGGCGAGCGCGUCGAUCGAGAGAAGGGGGUGCUUGAGCGGGUGCUGAGUAGGAAAGAUGGGCCGGUAUUGUAUGAGAAGGUGAUCAGGGAGGAAGUGGAGGGAAAGGAAUAUGGAUGGAAGGAGUUCUGGCGGGAUCUGUGGGCGAGGGAUGAGAAGGGAAAGCGAAAGGAUGUUGCGUAG